AUGACAGAUAUUGGUGAUUUCGAAUGUUUCUGCGAAAAAAUUUGGAAAUCUGUAAAUGAGUUCUGAGAAAACGCGUGACUCUGUCGCGUAUUUUGGUUGAGCUACUAAAGAUAUUUCGACGUAAAUAUGGAUUUCAAUAUUUUUCAAUCGCUUAUCGCAAACUGAAUUGGGCCACCCGUGAAGGGACUUGACUUAUAAGCAGCUAGACGCUAAGCUCAAACAGUUUGCUUGCUGAGACAAUUUUGAAUAGAAAGUUCGUGAGUAGACACGACACAGUAUCCUUAAAGUAAUUGAGUUCCAAAGCAAAAAUUGGCACAAAAAGUACUUGCGAUGUUCUGUAUAGUCGCACUAAUAUGUUUGCUGGAUAUAACAGCAAUUAAAGCUCGCUCCAUAGACAAUUACAAUUUUCCUACACAUCCUGCACAAAGCACAAAUGAAUUCUACUCAGAAGCAGUUAUAUCAGAUUACAAUCCCAAAUUACCCGCUUGGCAAUUCCGAGACGAAAGGCCAGCGCUGUACGAGAAAGUCGAGCGAUUGGCGCCGCAACCGUGCCCGUACGAAGUUGUUAACCGUGUAUUACCGAAGCUGGAGGAGCCUACCGAUUUUCAACCGCUCGAGAGUCAAUUAUCGGCGCAGGAAAAACAAAUAACCCACGUUCCGGACGAUGUAAAAAAUGUACAGCGAACUGUUACCGAGCUCGAGAAGUAUCUGAAAAGUGCCACUGCAGCUUUAGUACCACAAAACAAGGCUAAAAAUGGAGCUAUACGUAUUAGUAAGAAGAUGCCAAAGCAUGAUGAAGUGCAUGGAGAAGAUUCUAAAGAAACCGAUAGCGGAGAGAUGGAAGUGGAGUUGGAUGUUCUGAUGUCCAGACUAACAGAGGUGAGCUAA